GCUCGUCAACCAUCAUGAUGAUGCAAGCUGCCGAGUCGACGUCCGAAUGCGCCUGCGUGUUUGCCCACAGCAGUUGGCAGCACAGCGCGCACUGCCGGUGGAGCCACUGCCGCCAUUGCGCGUGGCGCUGCCCCAUCGACGUGACGUCCGAGGCCGGCUUGGUCGCGUUCGCCGACCACUUUCGCGACUGCGCCGGCCGCGCCGCCCGGGCCCACCUCUGUGACUGGCUCGCGUCCACGGUGCGUUUUGGCGCGUCGAUCCAAGACAUUGUCGGGCUCUUCCCGGACCGCGGUCCAUUCCAUGAAAAGCACUGCGCCAUUGCGGCUGACGUGACCAACUUUGCGUGCCGUGAGCUCUGGCUGCCGCUCUCGGCUGUGCUCGGCCUCUUCUUCCCGUCGCUCGCCGCCGACCUUGCCGCUGCCACAUCGCCCUCCGAUGGAGUUGUGUUUUCGUUCCAAGACGGCUACGGUCUGCGCAUGGUGUCGUUCCGCUUUGAAGAAGCGACACCAGUGCUCGCGGCUUACUUUGCCUUUGUAUUGCAAUUGCGCCUCACCGAGACGACGCGUGCACUGCGCGCAAGCAGCUACCUCGAGGACGACGAAGCGUGCAUCGUGGCGCUAACGUCCACAACGCAUAAAACGGGUGGUCGGAGCCGACGACAAGCUACCAAAGCAACAACGUGGCUCGAGUUUGUUGACGCGCGCAUGCCGCCGGCCAAUGACCGCGACUACGUAGUCGUCUGCGAUCGUACCGAGCACGAUCGAGAGGCGUAGCGCUUCGUUGUCGGAGCACCGACGGCUCUUGAAUUAUGUAAUAUAUAUUUGAACGCGUCUCAUGAUCUCGUUGUGC